UGUAAGUCAGAUUUGAGGUUUGUUCGGCUCCAACGCUUUGGGCUCAGAUAGCAUUUCAGUCGUUUUUGUCUUCUGAGUAAUAAAACGCGGCUGAAAUCCACACCGUAAGAGAUGUUUUAUCAUAUCUCUCUGGAGCAUGAAAUUCUUCUCCAUCCUCGCUACUUUGGCCCAAACCUUUUGAACACAGUCAAACAGAAGCUGUUCACAGAGGUGGAAGGCACAUGCACAGGAAAAUAUGGCUUUGUCAUUGCUGUGACCACUAUUGAUAAUAUAGGAGCAGGUGUUAUACAGCCUGGCAGGGGUUUCGUGUUGUAUCCUGUCAAAUACAAGGCCAUCGUAUUCCGGCCUUUCAAAGGGGAGGUAGUGGAUGCAGUUGUCACUCAGGUUAACAAGGUUGGAUUGUUUACAGAAAUUGGGCCAAUGUCAUGUUUUAUCUCACGUCAUUCUAUACCCUCAGAAAUGGAAUUUGACCCAAACUCCAAUCCUCCCUGCUACAAGACAGUGGAUGAGGACAUUGUCAUCCAACAAGACGAUGAAAUUCGAUUGAAGAUUGUGGGUACUCGGGUGGACAAGAAUGAUAUAUUUGCUAUUGGAUCUCUCAUGGAUGACUACUUGGGUCUUGUUAGCUGAGAACCAGAGGACUUAAAUUUGUGGUCAUCUUUAGACAUUUUUGUAUAUAGUAUUUUCCCCCCACUACACUUACCAGUGUAGAUUAAAAAUAUUUCUGCUACUCAUUUUUGUUGUAUUUUUUUCCUGCAGACUUCAUUUAUCAUAAUUUUCAUUGUGCUGUAACUUCAAGCGAAUUGUGGACUGAAUAUAAGCAAAGUCUUGGAAUGUCCUGCUUGUGAGAGCAGCAGGAUCGUAAUGUGUUUACACGUUUUGGAAGCUAUGUAUGACUGAUCAAUAUAAAGACGAGUGAAAUUUGA